AUGCACCCAGUGCUGUCUGGUGAAAGUAUACUGUCUAUGGCGCGCGUUCUACUCCUUCUUGCCGUCCUCGCCGUUUUCCACACGGCCAAUGCCCAGAUGAUGGAGAGCGAACUGGUCGCCGGGGUCAACAUGACGACUCUGACCAUGCAGAGGGUCCCCUAUAACGCAGACAUCCCGCUGAAUGCUUUCCUUACGUAUGACAACCGGACCAAUGUCGCAAGGCCCGCAAUCAUCAUCGUCCCUGACUCUGAUGGCAACGGUCCCUAUGAGCAGUGGAGGGCUAUGCAGCUGGCCAACCUCGGCUAUGUUGCCAUGGUCGCCGAUGUCUUUGGCGCCAACAUCACGCAGGGCCCCUCCCUGCCUUCUUCCAACCGCUCUGCGUUUGUACAAACUCUUCUGGGCAACCCUGCCCUUCUGAGGUCCCGCAUGGUUGCUGCGAUCAACACAGUCAAGACGCUGCCAGUCACCAACGGAAGCCAGAUUGCUGCCAUCGGCUAUUGUCUCGGCGGAUCUGCUAUGGUCGAGCUGGCACGUGCCAACGUUUCUGGCCUCCUAGGCGUCGUCGGUUUCCACCCCGGUCAGCUCAACACCACCGGCUCCAAGAUUGCCCCCGGCGCAAUCGUCAAAAUCGCGCUGCACAGCGGAAACCUGGACAUCCCCAACGGAAAGCCGGAGUUCGUUGCCGAGAUGGCGGCAGCCAACGUCACCUGGGAGUUCCACGAGUACUCGAACACUCCCCACGCCUUCACCAACCCCACCAACGUGCCGGGCACCGCAAGGUCUGCGUACAACCGUCAGGCGGACAUGCGCUCCUGGGCGUCGAUGCGCACCUUCUUCCUUGAGCUCUUCGGCAAAGUGCCAAUGAGCAAUAUCUACACCUACUCUAUGGCGGGCUCAGCUCUUUAGGCAAGAAUCGAGGCUUUUGAGAGUUCAGAGCGUCAUAGCCGCUUUCGGGUGGCGAGUAAGGUCCAUAUUUUCCCUAAAAUCUGUCAUUUCUUUACGUUGUCAAAAGCAUGCGAUUUUAAAAAUUACAUGUCAAGGGUUUAGCGGCUAGCGGCUAAGCUUGCUUGAGUUGGUGAGAGCACGCCCGAAGAAAAGUCAGAACAUUCCUGGGGCGUCAGCCUGGGGUGCAAAAAGGGGUUGCUCGGGGGCUUAAGAACUUGCCCCGGUGUUUUCCUUGCAAGGAACUUUAAGCCAGAGGAGCCAUCUCGCGAGAAGCGAGCACUUUGAACCAGCAUGCAAGGAUAUCUAGAAGGUAUGUUAGAAACCAUUCUUUUAGGUCCGCAAACUGCGAAGUUGAAUACUAAUUCCACUGAAGCCGAUCAGUUAGGGGCCCGCGGCCUUUACCUGUUAUACCGCAAAUGCCUGAUCCCGC